AUGCAGGAAAAGAACCAGGACAGUGUGGUGGCUGCGAGUGUUCCAUUCAAAUUGAAUAAUUUACAGCUAGUGAUUAUUUUUGAAUGUCUUCCAGAGACAGAUGGGACCGUGUUCAGAAUUCACACAAAAGGCGAAGGACCUAUGAAUGUGGACAUACCCUUAGAAUUGGUGUUCCAUUUACCGGCCAGUUACCCUUCCUGUGUACCAUGCAUCUCAGUUCACUCUGAACACCUGACCAGGACCCAGUGUGCAGCUGUGAAAGAGACAUUGCUCCAGCAGGCAGAAGACCUUUUGUCGGAGCCUAUGGUUCACCGACUGGUUCUCUGGAUGCAGCAGAACCUCAGGCACAUCCUCAGCCAAACAGAGGCUGGAAGCAGCAGUGGAAAGUGUGCUUUUUCAACAAGCACGACUGUGGAUGAUGGAUUGUGGAUGACUCUCUUGCAUUUAGAUCACAUGAGAGCAAAGACUAAAUAUGUCAAAACCGUGGAGAAGUGGGCUUCAGAUUUAAGGCUGACGGGAAGACUGAUGUUCAUGGGUAAAAUAAUACUGAUUUUACUACAAGGAGACAGACACAACAUCAAGGAGUACCUGAUUCUUCAGAAAAGCUCCAAAGUAGAUGUGGACUCAAGUGGAAAAAAAUGCAAAGAGAAAAUGAUUAGUGUACUGUUUGAAACAAAAGCACAGACAGAACACAAAAGGUUUCUGGCAUUUGAAGUCAAAGAGUAUUCAGCGUUGGAUGAAUUACAAAAGGAAUUUGAAACUGCAGGACUUAAGAAGCUUUUUACCGAAUUUGUACUUGGGCUGGUAAAAUGAAAUGGAAGUCAAGAAUCUUUUAGUAAAGUAGCAGUGUCUUUUGUUGUUUUUGCAUUGGGUGUUGGGAGUGGCUAAUUGAAACAGUCACAAGGGAGCAAUUUUAAAGUUUCUCAAAAGCAGAAUGAUAGCUAUCAUCCUAACUUCAGGAGCAAAAAGCCGGUUUCAUUUUAUAAAAUAUUAAACAUUGAAAAACCUGGUAUAUUCUAAUGUUUGUUAAGAAAGACUAGGCUCAGUAGAUGGAAUAUGUAAAAGGUAAAUAAAAAAAGAUGAUGGUAAAUGAGACCUUGUUUUCAUUCAGAGAAUUUGUUUGGAGCUAUGCAUACUUCUGGCCAAUUUUCUUGUAAUUAAAUGAUUUUUUAAAAAAGA